CAGAGUCUCCGUCAGGAUGGAAGCUCUGCUCCGUGCGCUCUCUGGCACCGGCUCACCUCCUCCUCCUCAUCUUCCUCACUGCGCACCGGCACCCCGGCAGAGCGGGAGUCCCACUCAGCUCCGGUUGGACUGAAUCCCAGAGGAUGAAGAUGAUGGUGAUGAUGAUGAUGAGCUCCUCGUGUCUGUGGAUCAGAAAGUGAUGGAUUGAAGUUGGAACAUGUUCCAGGUGGAUUCUAGUCUCGGUUUGUGGAGAACGUUGCUGUCUGGAGACUUUGAGCUGGUUCGUGUUUGAGCUGCUGCGUCGUGCGUGAGGCUGCUGCUGCUCCCGCGUCCAGAGGAGUGAGAGGAGGAAGAGGAGUGAGAGGAGGAAGAGGAGUGAGGCUGACAAGGACCAGAGACACUGGUGGAACGAUGUGAGAGAAGGUUCCGUGCUCCCACUUCUUCCCUGGAUGAAACUAGGUGCCGUCAUCCCAGUGCGUGAGAGCCGAGCGCAGCGCCGUGACGCGCGGACACAUCUCCUACCUGCUCCCAGCUGAUCGCAGGAUUCUAAGUGCAACUCGAGAGGGAAACGCAGAUUCUUCUCCUCCUCGAACAGAAAAUGAGUAGCUGUCUCUUCAGACUACUCCUCGUGGCUUGCGUCCUCCCCCCCCGCUGCACCGCUGCGCCCGGCACCGAGGCGGAGGCGCACGCGGCGUCCCGGGAUACCUGCGCGUCCUGCGGCAUCGCUCAGCCCGAGGACCCGGAGUCGGGCCGGGUGAACGUGGACUUCCUGGAGGCGGUGAAGAGGCACAUCCUGAGCCGGCUGCAGAUGCGGGACAGGCCCAACAUCACGCACCCGCUGCCCAAGGCGGCCAUGGUGACGGCGCUGCGGAAGCUGCACGCCGGGAAGCUGCGGGAGGACGGGAGGGUGGAGAUCCCCAACCUGGACGGACACCCCAUGAGCAACGAGGUGCUGGAGGAGAACUCCGAGAUCAUCAGCUUCGCAGAGAAAGACGACCUGGUGAUGUCCAAGUCCAGCCUGUUCUUCCUGAUCUCCAGCGAGGGGAACCAGAACCUGUUUGUGACGCAGGCCACCCUCUGGCUCUACUUCAAGCUGCUGCCGGCUCCGGGGGAGGUGCGUGCGCGGCGGAAGGUGACGGUGAAGGUGUACUACCAGGAGCCGGGCCUCAGCAGCAAGUGGAACCUGGUGGAGAAGCGGGUGGAGCUGAAGCGCAGCGGCUGGCACACCUUCGUGCUGACCGACGCCGUGCGGCUGGUGUUCGAGAAGGGCGACCGCCGGCAGAACCUGGACGUGCGCUGCGAGGGCUGCGAGGCGGAGGGCGUUAACCCCGCCCUGAUCAACCACAACGACGAGUCCCACCGGCCCUUCCUGGUGGUGCAGGCGCGGCAAGCCAACAACAAACACCGGAUCCGCAAGAGGGGGCUGGAGUGCGACGGCAGCAGCAACCUGUGCUGCCGCCAGCAGUUCUACAUCGACUUCCGGCUCAUUGGCUGGAACGACUGGAUCAUUGCGCCGUCAGGCUACUUUGGGAACUACUGCGAGGGGAACUGUCCCGCCUACAUGGCCGGCGUCCCCAACUCUGCGUCGUCCUUUCACACGGCGGUGGUGAACCAGUACCGCAUGAGGGGGAUGAGCCCGGGCUCCAUGAACUCCUGCUGCAUUCCCACCAAGCUCAGCACGAUGUCCAUGCUCUACUUCGACGACGAGUACAACAUCGUGAAGCGGGACGUUCCCAACAUGAUCGUGGAGGAGUGCGGCUGCGCCUGAGCGCCGCUAACUCCCGUUUAUUUAAGGUGGAACUGAAGAACUCGACUGUAAACGAUUCACGAUAUGACAACAGAAGAUGAAUAUAGAAACAGAAUAUUUAUGGACGACGGAAAAAACAUGAGCACACACAACCUCAUCCACACAUAUCCACACACCCUCAUGUAUGCCUGCACAAAAACAACUUGUAUAUAUAUUUAUGUUUGUUGAUAUAUUUUUGUUAUAUUCUCUGGUGGAAACGAUUCCGUCUCCUUCAAAGGGACGCGAGCAGUUUCCAAAUCGCUAAAAAUCCACUUUGGACAAACAAUCAGCGUCUGAAGUUCUUCGUUAAAUCUUCGAUAGCGAGGAUCUGCUUUGUUUCACGACCUUCUCGCCUUUACCAAGCUGUCAGCCUCCAUGUUAGAGUAGCAGCCGCCAGUCAACGUAAAGGUGUCGGGAGCCUUACGCCAGUGAGCGAACACUCGGGACGAGCACUGACGACGUCUUCACCAACGUACAGCACUUCUGUUUUCUGAUUCACAAACUGUUCCACCAUUAAAUGGCUUCAAGCACAACGUUCAGACGAGACUGUUCAACGAGGUCUCUGUCGAAAAUCAAUCCUCCAAACGUACGACUACAGGCAGACGUGAACGUACGAUGUAUGAGAACGUUUAUUCUCUCAGCCACGUAGUGUCAAUAAAGAUGGACGACGCGUCUUCACUUCCUCCUAACAUUCAGAAGUGAAGCCGAAAUGUCUUGAAUACGACGGCGGCCAUCUUGCCCCAAUGACGUUAGAGUCAGAGCAGUAGUAUCGAGGUCCCGCCCCUACAUUUUUAUAUCAUCAAUUAACGAAACCAUGUUUGACGAACAUUAAUUUAACGUCUACUUUGAUUUGGUCCGUGUCCCAUCUGCUAACAUGGAGGUUUAUGAGCUACACUGCAGCCAGCCACCAGGGGGCGAUACAGAUGAUUCGGCUUCACUUCUGGGAGCUGUCAUGUCGUCCAUCUUUCUUUACAAACCUAAAUGUGACACCACCCGUCCACUCUGAACAAACGCUCCUCUGACGGUGGAAUGACUUCACAUGGUCUGGAUGUCUAAAGCCCCCGAGGGCCGGGGGUUCGAUUCCCUCCAGUCGCCCCCCCCCCACAUCUGUCAUUUCAGUCAGUGAAAGUGAAAAGUUGCCAUAUUGCUGGGUUUAGUGACGGUGCAGCUUGGCACUUCCCCGACGCACUCUUCGAUAGCACUUAGCAGAUUGAGAUGCCUUUAACGAGCCCUACGUGGCGCCGCCGCCCACGGCCCUUCACAACAAGAAACAAGUGCCGCAUGAGCUAUGCAAUGUAUAGGAUGAACACGGACGAGCUGCAGUGACAAACUAUCACCAAUACUUGAAACGUACGAGUGGCGAGCAGGUUUGAACCCGGAGGAGGAGGAGGAGGAAGAGGAGGAGGAGGAGGAGAUGAUAAAUGAUGAAACAAACAAGUACGUCAGGAUGUAACGACUCAAUUCUGAUUCAAUUUAAAAAAUGUUAAAACAGAAAAAUACUUCUUCUCAUACAUAGUUUUACUAACAUUAAAUAUAAAAUCCUUCGAUAUUUAACCAAGAAAAAACUGAUUGACCGAAACUUCAUUAAAUCAAAAAUCUAUUGGCUGUUAAAAAUAUUUAAAAUGAUAUAAACCUUUAUGAAAAGAGGUGAAACGUGGACAUUGUUUUGUUCAUCGUAGAAAACAAGAAUAAAUCCGUUUCCCACAUUCUGAUGAGAAUUAAAGGAGUCCAUUAAAAUGAUUGAUUUUUAAAUUGUUAAAAACUGCAGUAAAUUAGAUUUAUUCUCUUCUUCUGUCAGAGUUUUAGUGUCGUGGUGAAAUGAAAAGUCUGACGAGUAGAAAGAGGCUAAGAGCCGUCAGUGUGAUGGUUGGUCCCCGUGGACUUCCUGUCAGAGGCGUUUGGCACCGUAACACACUUAGAGACAUACUGAGACACUAAGACACACUUAGAGACACACUGAGACACUUAGAGACACUAAGAGACACACGAGACAUACUGAGACACUUAGAGACACUAAGAGACACACUGAGACACAGUGAGACACACUGAGACACUUAGAGACACACUGAGACACACUCUCCAGCCUCAGUCACUCCAGCCUCUCCAGGUGAAACUCCUCCUCCAGCGUCCUGCUCUCGCUCGCCACUCCGAUCUGUCGCUGGUUCUUCAGAGCGAACGGUUGUUAGAAUAUUUGCACUGAGGACGUGUGUGACUAGUAAGAAUAAAAAUAAAUAGAAACUGCCAUUGAAUAAUGAUAAAAAAAAAAAAAGUAUUUUUAUAGAAGCAAAAAUUGAGCUCUGUUCAAAUGUAUUAUACGGAAUCAUGAACCAAAGAGGCCACGAGGUUUAGCUGUUGUUGUAAAUGACUUUGUUCAGAGGCCUAAACACUGUAUCAGGGUAUAAUCUCAAUCCAUAAUCUGCUUCUUUUCUAUUUUCUACCUUCACAUGGAAUAUUUCAUAUUUUUUCAUCAAAUGACCUUCUUCUUCUUCUUGUUAGCGCUUGUUCCAGAACGUUGAGGGUGAAGCUCGCGCCAUCUGAUCCCUGUACAGUCGAUGUAACAUACGAAUACGCUUUUGAAAUAUUCUGUUCUUUGUUAUUGUUGGAAAAUAAAUUUCUUAUUACCAAACGUA